CCGCACCCCCCUUGCUGCGUCGUGGCCUUCGCUCAGUCGCGUCCUCCAUUGUCGUUCGUUCGGUACUGCGUACGUGUCCGGGGCCAUUGUCGUCGCGAGAUAUUCUGCACCGCGAGCAGCGAAAAGAUCGGUUGCAGAUUCGUUCAUGGUGGUCGAGCUCGCUCGGGCUUGAGGUUUAAGCAAAAGGUGCAAAAGGUGCUCCCUCCCGUGUGGCGCCAUGGAUCCGCCCGCGGCGAUGAUCAACGGCGGGGGCUCGUUCCCCGGCGGCGACCCGGUGCCGUACAACCUGGCGGACAUGUGGCUGCCGCCGGCCGGCGGAGGGCUGGGGCUCGGGAGGCAUCCGGGGCGCGGGGCAUCGCCCAGUUCCUGAAUGGCAGCGGCCCGAAUCUCGAGGCCUCCGGCGGUGAUCCGGCGGUGAGUGCGGCGGAGGCCAGAUGCGGCGGCGGUUCUAGAAAGCGGCGGGACGCGGAGGACGAAUCGGCGGCUGGGAGCCUCUCCACCAGCAAUGGCGUGCCGAACGGCGCUGAUGGCGAGAAACGGCUUAAAACUUCCGGAUGCAAAGACAGGAGUGGAGAUUCCAAAGCAGAAGGACAGCCCAGCUCGGCCAAACCCACGGACGAAAGUAAGCCGCAGCCAGAGCCUUCCAAGCAAGACUACAUCCACGUGCGAGCCCGAAGAGGCCAAGCCACGGAUAGCCACAGCUUAGCCGAAAGAGCCAGAAGAGAAAAGAUAAGUGAGAGAAUGAAAAUUCUUCAGGAUAUAGUGCCUGGAUGUAACAAGGUAAUUGGCAGAGCGCUGGUUCUUGAUGAGAUUAUCAAUUACAUCCAAUCGCUACAACAUCAGGUCGAGUUCCUGUCAAUGAAACUCGAGGCGGUUAAUUCAAGAAUGAAUCCACCAAUCGAAGUAUUUUCUUCUAAAGAAUUUGGUCAACAGCCGUAUGAUACUGGCGGCAUGCCUUUCGGUUCACAAGCUCCCAGAGAAUAUAGCCGUGGUUCUUCGCCAGACUGGUUACAUAUGCAGGUUGGUGGUGGCUUCGACAGGAAAAUUUGAUCUGCGAUAUACAUGUCUACUAGGAAUAAGAGUAUAAGAAGCAAAGCUUCAACUCAAUUCUUCGUUAGGUUGAAAAAUAUAUCUCCCGUGUCAAUGGAUAGAAAAAGACAGUGGAGACAGUGGAGACAGUGGAUCUCCAUUUUCAAAAUCACCCCUUUAGCUGUUAGUGCUGUCUAGUAAGACUGAUGAAGUUAGUAUUCAAGCACUGGCAUUGAUAUUCUAAAUUAAUUCUUUUUAUCCAGCUUUUUAAGACUUCCAAUGCUUCUACCGCACUAAUAUGCAAAUAAGCUGCCUGUAAUGAAUAUCUUUUAACGA